AUGCCAACCCACCAGUCUGAAGGAGUGGCUUUCGAAGAGAAGACACAACCCGUACCAUCAGAUUCGAUGGCUUUGGAUUUAGAUAUCAACGGAGAAACAAACGCAAAUCAACAUGAGACCACCUUUGAUUCCACGUCGCCCGAAGUCGCCCUGAACAAGCAUGUCGAGAUCUCCUCUUCAGCCGAUGUAGAGGUGGAUUCGCGUGCCUUGGAGGUGAACGGUACUGCCAACAGACUUGCCUUUUCUGAAAACCAAGAUAUAAGCGUCUCGCCAGUUGAUAUACCGCUUGAGUCGCAACUGACCGCUGAUACCUCGCCUUCCGCGCCCAACUCCUCCCACUUCCCAGACACAAACACCACAACAACUGAGGUGGGAAAACUAUCAAUCUCGCCCGAAACACCACUCGCCUCUGCAGAUUCCAUCCUCGAAUCGGCCAUGGACGACGUCGCAGCAGCUGUCUCCUCCAUACCACCUGUGGUCGAGGCGCAGAACUCCGAUCUUCGAGAUAGCUCGAUUCCUCCCCCACCAGCCGAUUCUCACUUGUCAGAGCAACAACCACAGACCGAUCUCAGUUCUCAAGACGCGCAAGUCCUCCCUGAAAGCACUGGCAACACUGAGCAACCAGCCAUGAGCGAGGACAUCCCCAAGCUCCCAGUUGAGCAAAAGCUUCCCGAUCUACCAAAAACUGCGGCUCAUGACCAGUCUGUUCAACAAUCUUCGACUGACGUUGACAUGAUCUCCCCAGAACGAACUGAACGCGAUCAAAGCAUGACCUCCCCCGCCCCACCUGAGCGCGACCAAAACAUGGCAUCCCCACAGCUGGUUGAGCGCGAUCAAAACAAAACCUCCCCGCCGCUGGCUGAGCGCGAUCAAAGCGCGACAUCAGCACCGGCAGCCGAGCGUGAUCAAAACAUGGCAUCCCCACCGCUCGUUGAACGCGAUCAAAAUACAACUGGCGACGCGACAAAGGCGGCCAGUGACAUAGAGAUGAACGAUAGUUCACAGCAGUCUGCCAAGGUCGCACGUGAACGUGAGGACGAUGACGAGGCUGGACCAUCUGCUAAACGGCCCAAGACAGAAGAAGCAGCCGAUACUGAUGCUGGAAUGUCGAUGAUAGCUCAGCCACAAAAUGGUCCAGCAGCACCUGUUAAGACCGAGGGAACUCCGAUUACACCUUAUCAGACCAAGGAAAUGAUCAAGAUCUUAAAGAACGUGGCCAAAACCGCAGCCGGGAAGAACUUCAGACUAUCCGUGAAUGUGCUCUGGCCAGGUUUUGCUGAACCAUAUUACGCGAAGAUUUCUGAUCCAAUCGAUCUGAACGAGAUGGAAGUCAAGCUUAAGAACAAAGCCUACCCCGAUAUCGAUGCUUUCAAGGCUGAUUGCGAACUUGUUGCCGAGAAUGCUCUCAAGUUCAACGGAGCUGACCACCUAGUUACAAUUGCAGGCCAAGAGGUUCGAGAUUCCCUAUUGGAACGAAUCGCAAACAUCCCUCCUGAACCCGCUCCAGCUCCAAAGAAAGAGAAGAAGCCAAAGAGAUCGACGCCAGUGGCCGAGGCUCCUCGCCCAACUGCCCGAAGAACAUCCAGACCUGCAGCUCCAAACGCAAGUGUCAGUGUCCCUCCUGCUCCUACCUUUGCACUGGACCCUUCCACCAGCACCCCCUUAAUCCGACGUGACUCUACCAAGGGCGAUGGUGGGCGGCCAAAGCGCGAGAUCCACCCACCCAAGAAUAAGGAUCUUCCUUACUCUAUCAAACCCAAGAGCAAGAAAUUCGCAACUGAGCUGAAAUUCUGCGAAGAGGUCUUGACCGAGUUGAAGAAGCCCAAGUACGCUGCCAUUAGUCAUCCCUUCAUUGAGCCGGUGGAUCCAGUAGCUCUAAACAUCCCGAAUUAUUUCACAAUCAUCAAAUCCCCCAUGGACUUGUCCACUGUCUCUAAAAAGCUUAGCCAAGGUGCAUAUGGUACUGCCAAAGACUUCGAAAAGGACGUCAAACUCAUCUUCGCCAACUGCUACAAGUACAAUCCUGGCUCUAAUCCUAUUCACCAAUUGGGCAAGCAGUUCGAGGAAUUAUUCCAAUCUGAAUGGGAGAAGAAGCAGCAAUGGAUCGCUGAGCAUUCGCCAUCGGCUGCCCCUUCCAGCCCAGCUGAAUCGGAGGAUGAAGAGAGUGACGACGAGGAGCACGAAGAGUCCACUGCUAUUGUUGGUGGUAUGAGUUCGACUGCAUUGCGGCUGAUCGAAGAACAAAAGAAAUUGAUUGAUCUGAUGACAGCCAAGAAGAAGGAUCCCGGCCUCAUCCAAAUGCAACAAGCCUUGAUCGAGGUGGUCCAGAACCAAGUACAAAAAGAGUCUCAAGCAGUCGUAAAGAAGCCGAAGAAACCCAAGGCGUCGAAGCCGAAGAAGCCUGCUCCUGCCAAGAAGGGUGGCAAUUCUGGGAAGAAGUCUGGAAAUCGCCAGAAGUAUCUAGGCACCGUCGAGAAAGAAGUCAUCUCUGCUGGUCUUACCUCAUUGCCCGAUGAUGUCGCAUCCACUGUGUUGGACAUGAUCAAGGCAGACCAACCAGGAGUUGAUAUCGCCGAGGAUGGAACACUGGAACUGGACAUCGAUAUUGUCAGCACCCCUACUCUGUGGAAGAUCCAUGGUCUCAUCAUGGAGUAUGCUCCGGAAGUUGAUCAGCAAGUUCGACGACAAUUUGAGGAGCGGGAGGCGCCCCGUGCUCUAGCUAAGCCCGCAGCAAAGAAGAAGAACAAGCCUAUGAGCAAGACCGAGCAGGAGCGGAACAUUGAGACGCUAAGAAGCCGUGUGCAAGAGUUCGAGAGACAGGGUUCUGGCUCACAAGAACCUGUCAUUCCAACUGUCGAACGCCACGAACAGGAUUCUAGCGGCGAUGAAGAUUCCGACUCUGAAGAAGAAUAA